UCAAUGAAACAAAGGAGCGGGGAGCCGGGCCGGGCGGGCGGGCGGCGAUGCGCCAAUGGGAGCCCGGCCCCGGGCUCACGGCGGCCUGAGCGGGCGGGCGGGGCUGCCCCGGGCUCCGCAUGGGCCGGGAGCCGCCGCCACCGGGUGCCCGCCGAGAGCCGGCAGCUCCGCGGAAGUAGCUCACGGUCGUCAGGAUGAAGGGGUACCUGGACCAGCAGGUGCCGUUCACCUUCCCGCAGCAGCCGCCGGGCCAUGCGGGGCCCGGGUGCGGGGCUCCGGAGGGCGCUGGGAAGAGCCCCGUGGAGCCGGGCUUGCCGCCGGUGCAGGAUUCGGAAGCGCUCCACUGAGGAACCCUCUCGCUUUUCGUGCAGACCUCUUCCAGGACUUGAGCCAGUUCCAGGAGACUUGGCUGACAGAAGCUCAGGUUCCAGACAGCGAUGAGCAAUUUGUGCCUGACUUCCAUUCAGAGAACCUAGCUUUUCACAGUCCUCCUGCUAAGAUUAAAAAGGAGCCGCAGAGUCCCUCCUCGGACCCCACGCUGUCCUGCAACCACAAGCAGCCAUUCCAGUACCGCAAUGGCGAGCAGUGCCUUUACGCCAGUGCCUAUGAUCAGCCCAGACAAGUGGGAAUCAAGUCCCCCGACCCAGGAACCCCGAUACAGUCACCGCUCCAACAGUUCCCUAGACAGGACCGGAGCUUCCUGACCCCUGCGGGGCCACCCCACCCCACAUCCAGCUGUGGAUACCUCAUCGAAAACAGCUCUGCCUACCAGCCGCCCGUGGAGAUGUGCCGCUCCUUCCCCUCCUCGCAGAGCAUGGCCCGAGAAGCCCCCGUUGGCUACCAGCGCCAGCUGUCCGAGCCUUGCCUCCAGUACCCUCCUCAGGGCUUCAAGCAGGAGUACCACGACCCGCGGUACGAGCAGGCAAGCCGGGCAGGGAGCAGCUGCCAGUACCCAGCAGCCGUGGUGAUCAAGCAGGAGCAGGUGGACUACGUGUACGACUCAGGCUGCAGCUACGACAAGCAGAUGAGAUCCUUCUCUGAUGACGUCUGUGUGGUUCCAGAAAAAAUUGAAGCAGGAGACAUCAAGCAGGAGGUCGGAGGAUACAGGGAAGGACCUCCCUACCAGCGGCGGGGAUCUCUCCAGCUCUGGCAAUUUCUUGUGGCUUUGUUGGACGAUCCGACCAAUUCCCACUUCAUCGCCUGGACUGGAAGAGGGAUGGAGUUCAAGCUGAUUGAGCCAGAGGAGGUAGCCAGGCUGUGGGGGAUCCAAAAGAACCGGCCAGCCAUGAACUACGACAAGCUGAGCCGCUCCCUUCGCUACUAUUACGAGAAGGGCAUCAUGCAGAAGGUGGCUGGGGAGCGCUAUGUGUACAAGUUCGUGUGCGAGCCCGAAGCCCUCUUCUCUCUGGCCUUCCCUGAUAACCAGCGGCCGACCCUGAAGGCAGACUUUGACCGGCAGAUCAGCGAGGAGGACACGGUGCCUCUCUCUCACCUGGAUGAGAACGCCGCUUACCUGCCGGACAUUGGGAGCCUCCCUCCGCAGCUUUACGGCAAAGGCUACACCUAUUAGUGCUGCUGGGAGCCGGCUGCCACCCCUGCUUGUGUAUAUAAGGAGAUGUCUGGUUAGUAUUCAAUCCGUAUAGGCAUUUUCCCAGGCCAGCCUGAGGCUGCACUGAAUGGUGAAUACCUGCCACGGUGAGGAAAAGGGUUGGGGUAGACGUAUGGAUAACCAGCUGGCAGCUGACAGGGCUCCUGGGUGCUUGCAGUGCCACCCUCAUGUUUGGCAGGAUGGGACCGGGUCUCAGCGAUGCAAACGUCUUCUGAGCAGGGCAGCCGCAGCUUCAGCAGUACCUUGGGUGGUUGCUGCCUCUGGCCGGAGCAAACUCGCCUGCUGAGCUCCUCUCUUUGGCGAGAUGUUCUCCUGCUCAACUUUUUCUCAGAUGUGAGGAUGCUACAGUGCUGCUGCUGGCUCUGCUCCUCCGGUCCUGAGCUUCUGGAUGCCCUGUCCUCAGCAAGGGAUGGUUUGGACCUGCACGGACUCAUUUCUGCAAGGCCAGCCUUGCCUUCACCCCAGAGGGCUGUGCCAUGGAUCAGACACCUUCCCUGUGGACUGCUCUGCGGGAAUGGGGAAUGCUCGUCCUGUUUGUGCAUGCUCCUGCCUCGUCACCUCCCUGCCCAUAAUACUCCCUGCCAGGGCUGUCUGGUAUGUGGGUGCUCUGUCUGAGCAAGGCAGCUGGAGACGGGGGCCGGGAUGAGAGCAGGCCUGGAGCACACAGCCCUGCUACAGCACGGGGGAACUGCAGAGCUGCCUCGUGGCGUGUUUCUGGGGUGCAGGUCAAAGCCAACGUCACCAUCAGGUGUGGGGAUUGCAGGAGGCAGCCAGCCCUGGGCCACCAGUCCCUCUGAGCAGCGUGGUUAUUCCAGCCCAAAUGAUUUCUACAGCAGCCCUCAGGAUCUGUGAAGACCUGGCAGGCUCCUGGGCUUGGCUGGAAAAGCAGCUGAGGGCAAGAAAAGAACCUGGUGGGGCAAGUUAAGAAAGAGCUAUACAAAGUGACCUAAACCAGAGUUCUAAAAAAUUUCAAUUUAGACUUAACCACUGCAGGUGUUUGCCUGUUUGAAGGAAAUUCUGCUGCGUUGAGAGCCAAACGCAGCCAAACGCAGCGUGUGCAGUUGAACCAUUCUUUGCCUGGCUUUCCACAAUAGUGAAAAUUUACAGCAGGCACCACAUCCCCAGUGAGAUGUGCCACGCUUUUUAAUUAGGUGCUCCGGCCAUGCACCCAGUUAGACAAGGAGGAGUACAGUGUACCCAUACGAAAAAAAAAAAAAAAAAAAAAAAAAAAAAAGCCUUUUUCCCUCAGCUUUGGAUUGACGUCCUCGUUGCUGAAUACGGAGCCUUGCCAAUGCCUGGAGAGAGAGGAAACUGUGUUGAAAGCCUGAUUUCCCCCACUGCCUCACCCCUGCAUGGCUAAUGCCAGCCCUGCCAGCCUUGCUCCUGGGACCGAGGCCAGGGAAAGCAGCUCUCCCUGCCCCAGGCGAGGCCAGGGACGUGGGGCAGCCUCUGCUGCUGCCUCCCCGUGCUCCUGGCAGCUCCUGGCCCUCCUGCCUUGCCCUGCUCUCACCAGGUGCCUCUGGUGUCCCAGAAGCGAGGGGGGAAAGGAACCCUGCCAUUGGUAUAAUCUGCCUUUACUAUUUAUGAGUGUAAAAAUACUAUAAUUAAUAAAUUGGUCUAUGUCUUUGG